ACGAAACAACACAGCUCCACCGAGUAGCUUACAGAUCUAUCAACAUGUAUUCGAAGAUCAUUGUAGUUCUUGCCAUCAUCGCUGCGGUCAGCGCUCAGAGCCAUUAUGGCCACCAACAAAACUAUCACCACGAAGAGGAACAUUACGCCCCUGCUCACUACGAAUACCACUAUGAUGUGCAUGAUGAUCACACCGGAGACGUGCACGGACAACAGGAGUCGCGCAAGGACCACACCACCCAGGGAGAAUACUACCUGAUCGAUGCUGAUGGUCACAAGCGCACUGUCAAGUACCACGUCGAGGGCAAGAGCGGAUUCAUCGCUGAGGUCCAUCGUGAGCCGAUCAAGGGAUACCAGGCUCCCCAGCAACACUACCAGCCACAGUACCACCAUCAGGCUCCAGCUCACCAAAACUACCACCACUAGAAUAUAGCGACAUUCAUCAUUCAAUACCUCAUAGAUAAAAUAUAAUAGUCAAUUCGUUUACAAACCUAAUGUUUUCAGUUUUCCUUACUCGUGUGAACUCAUUUG